AUGGCUGAACACGAACUUGGAUAUUCGUACCAAGAGCUUGGCACGCAAACCUCAUUCCGGAUCGCUGAGCUUCUCCCCGGCGAUGAAAAAGACCCCAUCGAAUGCCGUGUUCAUCCGACCUCUUGGUCCGAUCCUAGCAUCCCCAAGUACGAAGCUAUCUCCUAUGUAUGGGGAGACCUGAAUCAAAAAGCCAAUAUAAUAUGCCACGGUAAAAGGCUCAAGGUUACUCAGAACCUCUAUAAUGCACUCGGUCACUUCAGACAACGAGAUAAAUCACGGUUUCUGUGGGCAGACGCUAUUUGCAUCGACCAGUCCCAUAUACCUGAACGCAACGCCCAAGUGAAACAAAUGCGGAAGAUCUACGAAAACGCCAAGACAGUUUUAAUCUGGCUCGGGCCAGAUACUGCAGAAAAUGAUGCAGAAACUGCCAUCAACUCGAUUCGGCUUAUCUCCGAGUUUCUCUGCCAAAAACUUGGCAUCUCAACUAAUGGACUGAGCGCUCGUGGAAACGUGUAUCACGAGGUCGUAUAUCAGAACAGAAGUCUGAUACCGUUGCCGAAUGAAAUCAAGGCCAUCACUAAGGACAUGUGGAAAUCUUUGGCUUGGUUGUAUUCUCACACUUAUUUCACCCGGGUUUGGGUGAUCCAAGAAAUCAACGCCAAUCAGUCUCGACUUGUUCAUUGCGGCCAUUCGACAAUCGAAUGGGAUCAGGUUGAGCUUGUCGCCGGUUACAUCAUCAUGGAGCCAGCGUUUAGUAAAGCCUAUGGGUUUACGGACACCAAAUGCUGGUGGGCCGCUACUGCUACCACAGAGCGCCUGCGAAAGCCCAAGAACUGGCUAUACAUGUUGUAUCUGGCGUCAAACUUCUCCAGCACUGACCCAAGAGAUAUGAUAUAUGGUCUCCAUGGUUUGAUGAGUAUCACACGUGGCAGUGAGCUCCUCUAUCCUGACUAUGACAAAACAACAGUGGAGGUUUAUAUGGACUCUGUCGCUGCUGCGUUAGUCGACAUGCAGAACACAGAUGUGUUGCUCUAUGCUCGAGGCACUGAUCACCCAACUUGGGUGCCACGAUGGGAUCGGGCCAUGUUAUUCCGAAAUCCUUUCAGGUUUGGUAAAGCACUGCCCUGGAGACCAUCACUUGACUCUAGAGCGACGUGGAGCAUUAAUGCCGAGUCAAGGGUUCUGGCUCUUCGCGGCGUUCUUUUCGAUUCGAUCAAGGUUUCCGAAACGUACAAUGAAAGCCUUUUCAGUAACGCCAACAUGAAGAUGGAAGAGGGACGAAUUAAGCUAGGGCAUGUGUGGCAUAAGAUUCUCGAGAAUUUGCGCUGGGGUCGACCAACCCAAGUUUACAGUAGGGACGAACUGACUGCAAUUGCGACUUCAUUGUCAUUCGGACUUAACGAAGAUAGCAAUCCUGGCGAGGAGCGGAUACUGAUGCAAAACUUUGUAUCAUAUCUUAGAAUUGUCCUCAACGACCAGGCAUAUCAGCAGUAUAUCCCUCCAGAGUUAUCCAAGGAGGCUGAGCAGGCGGAUGGGUAUCAAUUUGGCAAGCCAGUUUGGGACUUUAAUUAUCCUGACUCAAGCCUCUUCAUCACGGAAAAGGGUAUUAUCGGGUGUUGCGUUUCAACAACUAACCCAGGGGAUAUUGUUUCCGUCCCCUUUGGGAGCACAUACCCGUUUAUCCUUCGGCCACAAGGUGAUCGAUUCGUGAUGAGAGGGUAUGGAUUCGUAUGCGGCAUUAUGCGGGGCGAGGGACCUCAGUCUCCGGAGCAAGUCUUUGAGAUAUGUUAA